UGCUUCUCGGGGUAGACAACCCACUUUUACCCUGGAGAACAUUAAUCAGCUGCGUCAAACCAGAUUAGAGGGUUUUAAAGAGGGAAUAAAAACAGCUGCAAAUUAACAUGUACUCCAACAAAAUCGAGGGACCACGCAGAGGAAGGUCGUUUGACUCCAUGAACAUUGGCUUUGAAGAAAAACUACUCAACAACGAGAUAAACAAAUCAACCUUCACAAAAAUCGAAGAGAACACAGAAAAGAAAAAUACAUCCGAGAAAGAGAGAGCAACAAUCAUCUUCUCCCUGAAGAAUGAAGUUGGAGGACUAGUGAAGGCACUUAAACUCUUCCAGGAAAAUCAUGUGAACCUUGUUCACAUAGAGUCUAGAAAAUCCAAAAGGCGCAACUCUGAGUUUGAAAUUUAUGUGGACUGUGACAGCAACCACGAACAACUGAAUGAGAUCAUUCAGCUGCUGCGAAAGCAUGUAAACGUGGUCGACAUGGACCCUCCAGAUAACUCCUGCCUGCAAGAGGAAGACAUGUACAAUGUACCUUGGUUCCCAAAGAAGAUUUCAGACCUGGACAAGUGUGCAAAUCGUGUCCUGAUGUACGGUUCUGAGUUGGACGCUGACCAUCCGGGUUUCAAGGACAAUGUCUACCGUAAAAGACGAAAGUACUUUGCUGAUCUGGCCAUGGCUUACAAACAUGGGGAUCCUAUUCCACGCAUUGAGUUCACAGAGGAGGAGGUGAAGACUUGGGGAGUUGUCUACAGGGAGCUCAACAAGCUGUAUCCCACCCACGCCUGCCGGGAAUAUUUGAAGAACUUGCCGCUGUUGUCCAAAUAUUGUGAAUGUCGAGAGGACAACAUCCCUCAGCUGGAAGACGUUUCACGCUUCCUGAGGGAACGUACAGGAUUUAUGAUCCGGCCUGUAGCGGGUUACCUGUCGCCACGUGACUUCCUUGCCGGAUUGGCCUUCCGUGUUUUCCACUGUACCCAGUACGUGCGGCACAGCUCCGACCCCUUGUACACCCCUGAGCCGGACACAUGCCAUGAGCUGCUGGGUCACGUCCCGCUGCUGGCAGAGCCCAGCUUUGCUCAGUUUUCUCAAGAGAUUGGUCUGGCUUCACUAGGAGCCUCAGAUGAUUCUGUUCAGAAACUGGCCACUUGCUAUUUCUUCACGGUGGAGUUUGGCCUAUGCAAACAAGAAGGGCAGCUGCGAGCAUAUGGGGCCGGACUGCUGUCAUCCAUCAGUGAGCUGAAGCAUGCACUCUCCGGCAAUUCAAGGAUCAUGCCAUUUGACCCAAAAAUCACAUCCAAGCAGGAAUGCAUCAUCACAACGUUUCAGGAGGUUUACUUUGUGUCAGACAGCUUUGAGGAGGCAAAGGUCAAGAUGAGGGAGUUUGCCAAGACCAUCAAGCGUCCCUUCACAGUGCGGUACAAUCCAUACACCCAGAGUGUGGACGUGCUAAAAGACACUCCCAGCAUCAACAGCGUGGUGGAGGAGCUUCGACACGAGCUCGACAUCGUCGGUGACGCGCUCAGCCGGCUGAACAAACAGCUGGGUGUCUGAUCUGAUCGCCCACAAUUCAUUUGAAGUCAUCCGCCUACAGGCCAUCAGCGCUCGCUGUGUCAUUUCCCUGCACUGUUCAGCUAUUACCUGUUUCACCCUUCUGUCAGUGCAAUGAAUGUGCAUCGCUUUUUGGCAAAGUGCAUUGUCGUCUCCAUUGUUUGGUGAUUCGCUUAUGUUACUUGCAGGUGCAUUAGUGGUGUUUAGCCUGUAAUUUUGGUAAAUUUCACAAACCCAAAAUGCUGCUUAAUCGGAGGACAACUUCAUGCUAUUCUAUUAGCUUCUGUACUGCAAAUAAUUCAUGUACUUUCAAGGUAUUUCAAUACACUUUUAAACAUCCAACUGUUACAAACACUUAUAUGGCUGAUUCUUCCUGUUGUUAACUCUGCUGAUGUAUAUGAUCUUGUGAUUUUUCUUUGCUUUUUGUAACUCAUUUAAUUAAUCUUCUUUGUAUUUAAUCUUCCACACUUUAUUGAUAUGUAUUAUAUGUACCUUGUUUGUAUUCUUUUUGGUGUAUGUAUCAUGUUUUUUUGUGUACUGUUGAGGGAAUUUAUGGGAAUGAAAAUGUUGACUAGUGUUAGAGAGAUGCUUUCAUGAUUGAUUAUGACAGAUCUGGUCCAUGCACGCAUUUUAUUUUUCAGUCAUGAUUUUGAAUACCUCCGCUUGAAGUGAGUGUACCGACAGUACUCUGAAAAUCCAAACGUUAUUUUUCUACUGUAAAAAAAUGUAGACAAAAAAGUAGACAAUGUAUGAGAAAAUAAAUCAUAAAAUAAAAGCAUUCACUGUGUC